AUGUUUUGUGAUUAUCAGUUAUUUUUACGAGAAUUAUAUGAUAGUAAACGUUCUAUUAUUUCAUGUCGAGGAGAAUAUCUUGAUAAUUUUUUUAUCUCUUGCGAAAAAAUACCCAUUCUGUUAUCAAAAUUUACUGAUGAAGCUAUUGAUUGGAUAAACAAACUUUUCGAUGAAUUAGAUGCUAUUGGAAUAAGUUAUUUCUUAAAGAAGGAAUUAUUAAAGAAAAUAAAAAUAUAUUGGGUAUUCCUGGACGGUUUAGUCAUUACACAAAUGAUAAUGAUGAUUAAAUUGUUAACUGGUGAAAGAUCUUAUUUAAUGGCAGCUUAUUUUGACAUUUUUAGUGAUGAAAAAUCUGAUUAUCAAUCGGCAAUAAUUAAUGAUUCUGUGAAAUUAUUUCAACCACUUCCGAAUGAUAUGCUUCACGAAAUGGGAUUUAUUAAUCAAAAGCUAGAUGCAAUUAUUAAGAGUUGUAGAAAAGAAAUUGAAGUGGAUGAACCCUUACCUCAUGAUAUGUUGACAUCGAUGAUUAUCAAAAACACAUUUCGUGAUGAUAAUUAUAUCGAAAGUGGUGAAGUCAAUAGAUCUAUGACUGAUGACUACUGA